AUGUCCUACAACACCAUCGCGGAAUCUUCCUACUCCCUCGCUGCGCCCUUCACCGUCCCAGGCGACGUACCCUCGGAUGCGACUCUCGUCGCGGUGGGCGAUCAUGUCCAGUCACAGCACGCGCAGGAGGCGGUUCUUCGCCACAGAUCGAGCAUGGGCUCUUUGUACGACCAGGAGAUGUGGGGUGUGGCUACACCGCAGCAGCAUCGCUGUCACGAGUCGUGUGGCUACGACGACGUCGAGGCGCAGUUGCACGAGCUGGAGGAGCAGUUCCUCAACCUCGAGGAGUGCGCCGACGAUGAUAUCCCUCCAUUUGCCGACGACGCUCACUUGGCGGAAUAUCCUAUCAAUCAUACGAACAUAUCGACCACGUAUGAGAUACCCCUUCUAGCCACCCAGGUCACCGCGGUGUCAGGUAUCCAUGCGUCGCCGACGACCGAGGAUCCAUACCCCUUCCCGCCUUCCACCUCCUUCACAGCAUACAUCCCCCAGGUCCUCGGCCCAUCCUACCUUUCUGCGGCGACGGUCUACGAGCAUGCCACGUCCUCCACGACCACUUCCGGCUCCCCGAUGACCUCAGCGACAAGCGGACAGAAGCGCGCUCGGGUCGACGAUGAGGAGGAGGAUGAAGAUGAUCUUCCUCUGUGGAAGAAGAUGCGGGAAUCGGAAGGGGGUGAGGUUAUCGCGCUUCACAGCGCAUUUGAUGAAGAGGCUGUCUCUGCCUCGGGCGAGGUCCCGGGAGAGGAAGACGAAUACCUGCAGGAGGAAGAACCCGAGGUCGAGGAGGUUGUCGACGACGAUGGCCAGAGCACACAGGCGGAAGAAGUCGAGGAAGAGGAAUCCGCUGCGGUCGAGGCUGACGACGGCUCGGAAGCGGAUGGAGAAGAGGCGCAGCCCGCACCGCGCCCCAAACGAAGCCGGAGGACCAAGGACAAGGUGCUCGAGACGACCCGCCGCCUGCCAAGGGGAGUCCCAUGCCCCGUUCACGGCUGCACCAAAGCGGCCUUUAACCCAUACGACCGCGUUGGGAACCGAAACCAUAUCGUGACGCACCUCGAACGGGCGGCCGUGAUUGAAUGCCCUUGGCCGGUGUGCGAGGAUACGCGGGACUCGCAGAACCUUAUGAUCCACCACAUCACGGACGUUCACAUUGGGUUUCCGUACAUAUGUUUGCUCGACGAUAGGUGCACCUGGGGGUCCACGAAGUCGCAGUGGCAGACCCAACACAUGCAAAGGGACUGCAAGUACAGGCCCGUGUGA